AUGAACGUCAUCCUCCUAAAUUUAUAUUGCGGGUCUCCAAAUGCGAACGUCGAUUCCUCCCCGGAUUUCGCCUUCAUGAUACCUGCCAGUAUCCUGUUUGCAAGUCAAACACAGAGAAAUAUCGAGAAUGCUGGAGGAAAUCGAAAAUCUCCGCAACUGAAUGCUCAGCAACCGACCGAUUUACGGUCAGAUCAUUCAGACGCCAAUAAUCUGCGCAAAUCCGAUGCUGACGAAGACAAACCUUCGGCGCAGAUGGCGAUAUCUGUUGAUUCCGCAGCUGCUUCUUCCCAAUCCGUCUAUGCGGAAACUGACCGCAAGGGAUCAAGAAAGAACCCUGAAUUACCUACGACUUUUUAUCAUUGCCCUCAAUGCCCAAAGCGUUUUACUCUGCCUUAUGUGCUUGGGCGCCACAUGAAUACGCAUUUGAAGCAGAAACCGUACAAGUGUGACUUUUGUCCAGCUUCUUUCAGAUUACGCGUAGGUAAAGAAGGUCAAAUGAUACAGCAGCAUUGGAAGAAGUUGAGGGCCAGUAAAAACGAAGGAAAUGCCCGGUAUUCAGGGCUGCUGAAACGAGAACGUUAUGCGUCAGGCAUGGACGUGACUUCAAAGGACAAUUAUGUCAUCAUAUUUCUAAAGCACGAAGUUGAUGGUGGAUUCCACUGUGUUAAACGUUGUUUUGAGGACAGCCUGAUCAGUCAGACUGCUGACGUAUUCCGUGUCUGUCGGCAGAUGCACACAAAUGACCCAGUGAUCAUAAGCGGCCACCGCAAAAUGAAACUAGUCUCGCGGCAUCACGAGCACAUUGAAAAAUAUUCCACAUCAAAUUCGCAUGGUAGCCAUUUGAGCCGACGUUUGCUAGCCACCAGGUAG